AUGUGUGUGUGUUCUCCUUUGAGGCACUGUGUCUCGCUGGGAGAGCAAGGCUAUUGGUGGGGUUUAAGAAAUUUUAGCCAUGGCAGGGUGAACCUUGUGAUUACGGGAGGGAAGACCAAGUUUGAGACUCACGAGGUUGAGCCUCCUAAGAAAGACAAGUGGAAGACUAAGAAGAGGUUGAAGAUGCAGAGGAAGAGGGAGAAGGAGAAGAGGAAAGCGGCCAACAGGAAAGACCCUCGUCGACUUGGUGUCAAAGGGAAGAAGAAGAAGCAGAGAUUUGCCAGUGCAGAAGAGAGAAUCAAUUUCAAGAUUGAAAAUGCCAGAAUUAAGGAAGCACUGCUCAUUGAAAGGCUCAAAAGAUAUGAAGUUUCUAAACUUCAGGGUCCUGUUGUGAAGCCUGAUAGCUUGACGGGGGAGGAAAGGUUUUAUUUGAAGAAAAUGGCUCAGAAGAGAUCUAAUUAUCUACAAAUUGGCAGAAGAGGAUUAUUUGGAGGGGUUGUUCUCAAUAUGCAUAUGCAUUGGAAGAAACAUGAGACUGUUAAGGUCAUAUGCAAGCCUUGUAAGCCUGGUCAAGUACACGAGUAUGCACAAGAACUUGCCAGAUUGAGUGGCGGUAUUCCUCUUCAAAUAAUUGGAGACGACACUAUAAUAUUUUAUCGGGGAAAGAACUAUGAACAGCCUGAUGUUAUGUCACCAAUUGAUACCCUGUCCAAGAAAAAGGCACUUGAAAAAUCCAAGUAUGAGCAAUCACUUGAGUCAGUGAGGCGCUUCAUUGCUAUUGCUGAGAAAGAAUUAGAGCUAUAUUACAGACACGUUGCACUUUAUGGUGAUCCAAACAAUCGAAAUCCCUUAUCAAUGCUGGAUAGUCCAAGUGGAAACUCCAAGGAAAAAGGGAAUCAUGGAAUUCAAGACAAAAAAUUCCAUGACUUGAACGGUGAUUAUUUUUCAGCCAGUCUUUCAGAGACUGAAGCAGAUUCCACGGAACUGGAGCUGUCAGAAACAGAAGAUAGUUUUGAAGACGAAAGCUUGUCAAUGAAUGAAUCAGAUUCUGAAGAGGACAGCUUGUUGGAUUACAAUGGUGAUAAAGAAAAGAAGGUAUAUUUUACUAAAAUGCUAGAUGAAAGUGUAAGCUCGACCACAGGUUCAUCAUCAAUGUCUAAAAAUAGCCACUAUUAUAAUAAUCAAUGUUUGUGA